GGCCAGCAAAGCAUUCACACACAGAGUCCCGGGCAACAAGGGAACUGCUCUGUUUUCUCUCAAACUGGCUACUCCUUAGUACACAGACAAGAUCCGGGAUCACUGUUCAAGUCCGUUGUUAGACGGCGCUGCUAAAGCAAAUCGUAGGAUAGCGUACAACAAUAGUAAAAAGUUUUUUUCUCUGUCGGAAAUAGACUGUGGUCGUCGAAGGGACAGGAGACGAUAGAAGAACAGUUGAUUUCAAGGUACCCAUUUCCAGUCCAGAGGAAGCAUUUAAAGGUCCUAAGGGCAUCAUCACCUCAUUUGAUAAUGAUGGCGUCAGUGAAUGACUCCCGCGUGCAGCAGCCAUCGCAAAAGGAUGCGGCUGACCAGAACUUCGACUACAUGUUCAAGCUGCUGAUCAUCGGCAACAGCAGCGUGGGCAAGACCAGCUUCCUGUUCCGCUACGCCGACGACUCCUUCACCUCGGCCUUCGUCAGCACGGUGGGCAUCGACUUCAAGGUCAAGACCGUGUUCCGCAACAACAAGAGGAUCAAGCUGCAGAUCUGGGACACGGCAGGACAGGAGAGGUAUCGCACCAUCACCACGGCCUAUUACCGAGGAGCUAUGGGCUUCCUGCUCAUGUAUGACAUCACCAACCAGGAGUCCUUCAGCGCCGUGCAGGACUGGGCUACCCAGAUUAAGACGUACUCGUGGGACAACGCCCAAGUGAUCCUGGUUGGGAAUAAAUGUGACCUGGAGGAUGACCGCCUAAUCCCCACAGAAGACAGCCAGCGGCUGGCUGAUGAGCUAGGAUUCCAGUUCUUCGAGGCCAGUGCCAAGGACAACAUCAACGUGAAGCAGGUCUUUGAGCGCCUGGUGGAUGUGAUCUGCGAAAAGAUGAACGAGAGCAUCGAGGGCGAGAGGGCGCAACCCAACAACCACCAUGACACCAGCCUGCACGAGACCCCCUCUGAGAACCAGGGCAACUGUGCCUGCUGAUCUGUGUGUCAGACCCACUCCACGCCCAUACACAGACCCCUACCCCAAUCUCCAUCGUUUCUGAGUGGCAGGCUGCUUUAUCAGUGUACAGUACAAACACAAUCUGUUGAUAUAGUCAUUCUCAAAAUCACUAUAAUCCUGGUGGGAGAUCUCCUUGGAAAGAUAACUCAUUCCCUCAUAAAUGCAAACAUAACUUUACCCACACCCAGCAUAAGUACUCGUUUGGGUUAAAAAUGAAGGAAAAGCAUACACUCACAUACUCACCCCCAUGUCUUUUGUUACUGGCCCUUAACAAGGCCUCUCCAUCAAAAACCACUGAAACAGAAGCAUAGUGAUAACCUUGGGACACACCCCUAUACACACGCACAAAGUCCACCACCACAAUGCUUUACCCCGUGCCCAAGACGUCAUCAGUCCCCCUUGCUGAGAUUGGCUGGUACUCCAGUACUCAUACAGCGUGCCACGCAGUUGACCAACAUUUAGAUUAUAUCAUAUGUCUGCCCGACCAUGUACAAACAGUGACCAAAAGACCAAGUACAAACAGUGGGGUCACAGACCCAUACAAAUACUCAUCUCUAAAAUCAUCACAUACUAUGUAUCGACAAAUCAGUGAAUGACAUUCUAAAUUCUGUGACCCGUGCGUUGCUCUUAUUGUCAGUUUUAAUGAAUGCUUGCACUGAAGGUGUAUUUACACUUCACACUUGCCACAGCAAUCUACUAGACACAGCUGAUAUGCUAUAAGAAAGGGAGAGGUAGGGAAUGAAAUAUAGUUUAUCUUAAUCAAAUGCUUGUCCAUUGCCGGAAGGGUGCCAUUGAGCUAGGUAAUCAGUGGCAAAGCAAAUUGAGUUUACUCCAGACUCAAAAAUGAGUUUAAACAAAGUUGUCGUUGCCAAGUACCAAUGUCAAGCGCUCAUUUCAGUACAAUGGAGAAAAACAUCCAGCGCCGUUAGCACAUUGUGUAAUGCCCUGGAAGUUGAACCAAGUUCAGAUUGCUUAUUGUGCGCCCUUGUCCCCAUGUCAGUCAGUUCAGUGUCGGAGGAGUCAUCUGGUGCCACCGCUGCCGUGGCAUGCUCUUAUCUCAGCCAUGCGCUGAAUUGUGUCUGCGUGUCCCUAUCUACCCAGAGCCACCUCAGCUUCUCUCUUUCCGUGGCGUUCGUUUGGCCUCUCCCAACCCCGUCCGUCCGUCCCUUACCUUGUGUAUCAUAUCACCCCGCAUGGUUACAAAAGGAAGAUACAAAAUAACCUCACCACCGUUGUUUGCAGUCUUUGUUAACACUUUGUUUUUUCAGACCAACAUUGUGGCAUUGACGCAGAAAUGUCUAUUGCUGUGCGUGACAGCUGUGAGAAAGCUAGCUAUACAUCGGCGGACUGCAAUUAAAUCAUAAUGAAGAUGCACAAUUCUUUUUAGUGGUUUCAUCUCAGUGGAUGUGGUAUGUCAACUUGUUGUUGUUGUUGUGUGUGUGUGUGUAAUCGUAAUAGUGGAAUGUGUAUGAUUGCAUAUUGCCUUAGUUGACUUCUUUAUAUUCAUCUCUUUUUGAAAGCGUUAUCUCGAUUUUGUCGCAUAGUUCUAAAAGCUGGAGACACAUGCAAGUGUGUCUGAAUUUCAUGUGCAAAUUGUAUGUGUCUGUGGCUUCUCUCUUAACACCAGGAGUCACACUGCCCCAGUGACAGUGAUGACUGCCUCACACGCUCUUCAGAGGGGAGGUGUUUUCAUCGCUCAGCUGCCCUGUUUAUGGAGCCCUGUAUUGGCUAUAACCCUCUUGAAUUUCGAUUGGCAAUCAGAAAAUAAUCACCCAACACAAAAAAAGUCAUAGAACACAGACAACUUUUUUUUUUUGCUGUUCCACGGUCAGCGAUCGGUACACACUGAAUUAACACUACAUAUUUACUUGGUAACCUGUUCUUGUUUCAGGAAGAGCAGCACAUGUGUUUCCGUGUCCUGUGUGUGCGGUGCCAAAGAUACAUUGCUUUAUGACGGUUUUUAACUCACAGAUUGUGCGAGGCAUGUGGAGCAUGUUUCUCUGUAAUAUUGGUGGGACACUAUUGCACUCCUGUGUGUUCAGCUCAAGCAAAGGCUUGUUUGUUUUAGUAAUACACUGAAGUUUAAAGAUACACACUGGAUCUCAUUCACAGAGCAUUAAUGCCUUUUAGGGGGUGGAAGCUAAAAGCAUGUGCCUACAUAUUUAUGUGUUAUAUUCACCCCACACAGCAACUGUUUAGACUCAUAAAUGUAACACUGUUGUUGAGUCAAAUCAGUCUACUUUGAGAUCUGAGAUUUCUGAAACGUUUUUACCUUUAAAAAUUGUUGUAAUGCAUUUGUGUAUGUCACAUUCAGUCUCAUACAGUGGAUUUGCCAAAGUGGCAGAAAAGUACUGUUGAUAUCCUUGUAUUUUGUGAGAUGGGAUGAGAUUUGGGAAUCCAUGUCUUUUAAAAAGUGUAUAAAAAAUCUUUGCCAACUGAAAUGUAUUGACAUUUGUUUACAAAAAAUAAAGAUAAUAAGUAUUGUAAAAGGGAAUUGUUUAGUUUGUUUCUGUGAAAUCACCAGGUUAUUACAAACACACACACACAUUACGUUUUUAUUUGAUGGCAUGUUGCCUAAUUUAUAGCUGAACAUACCACAUCCUUGUUUGUAACCACGUUGAAAACCACACUUCCAUUCUCUAACCCAUUGUCCUCCUCAUGUGCUUUCCUGUUACCCACCAGAAGACUAACUGACAACCUUGUUGGACUAUGUUGCAUUGAAUUAUUUAUGGAGGCAAAUGUCAGACUUCCAAAACAUCCCUUGUCAAGAUCGAUGCUGGUGUCCAGUUGAGUAAAUAGUGUAGUUGAGUAAAUAGCUGGUCAGUUUGUGGCAGAUUAACGGACAGGAUGAUGCCAAACAAUAAUGUUUUUUUUCCCCUGGGGCUGUAGAAGGCGGGUUGCUUUGGGUCGCAACAUCCAGCUUAUCUGACACCCAGAGACAUGACCACGUGCACUGCUGAUAACGCAGGUUGAGCGUAAAAACAGUGGGUUGCGCUCGCCUGAUAAAAGACCGUUUGCUCCGCGCGCACCAGCUCCCAAUCUUCGUGGAAGCUGCCCUCAUGGAUUGCGCAUGAUCCAAUAUUUCACUGUGUAGGCUGAAUACACCUGCAGUUUCUCAAUCUCAAGCCAGGACUUAUUAUUAAAUUGGUUGAGCUGUGCCUUUAGUAUCUCCAUACCUAGAUAACAUUCUU